AGUCUUUCAAAUUGCUGCAGAAAUGAGGGGAUACAACUUAGAGGUGCAUGGGAUCAGUGAAACACGUUGGACGCAAGUUGGACAACAACGACUAGCUUCAAGGGAGCUUCUGUUAUAUUCCGGCCAUGAUGAAGAAAAUGCCCAACAUACACAAAGAGUUGCAUUGAUGCUGUCCCAACGAUGGGAAUCUCAUGGACCAAGCAUCAUCAAAGCCUCCUUCAAAACAAAAAACGAGGGCAUUUCAAUGAACAUCAUUUAAUGUUAUGCGCCUAGAGAAAGGAACAAAAAUGAUGGGAGGUUUGCAAACCUAUGUGCCUUCAAUAAACCGGUCAUAGACGACACCAUCUAUUCCCACAUAAACGCAUUCACGAAAUCACAUGGACUUCACCGGAUCAACAAAAGGUUCAGGAGGACAAUGGAGGAUGUGAAAAGCAAGAGAGGAGCUAAUAUAGCACCAGGUCAUCACUUGCUGGUCGCCAAGAUGAAAUUGAAACUCAAGAAGUACUGGACAACGGGGCGGACAAUAUCACAAAAGUUCAAUGCGGCUUUUCUUCGGGAUACUGACAGACACAACGAAUCCAAGAUAGCCCUCAGCAAUAAAUUCCAGGCCUUUCAUGAUCUACUCAAUGGAGAAGGAACUACUAUGGGGAGCAACUGGAGGGGGAUCAAAGAGGCAAUCACUUCAACAUGUCAUGAGGUUCUGGGCCACAAGAAGCACCAUCGCAAGGAAUGGGUCACUGUUUAUACACUGGAUAAGAUUCAAGAAAGGAGGAACAAGAAAGCAGCAAUCAAUACCAGUCGAACAAGAGCAGAAAAAGCCAAGGCACAAGCUGAAUACACAGAGGUAAACAAACAAGUGAAGCGGAGCAUCAGAACCGACAAACGUAAAUAUGUGGAAGAGGCUGCAAGAGAAUGGAACAUGAGAGAACUGUAUGACAUAACAAAGAAACUCUCUGGAAAUCAACUUAAACCAGAAAGACCAGUGAAAAGCAAGGAAGGCAAGGUACUCACCAACAUUGAAGAGCAACGAAACAGGUGAGUAGAACACUUCAAGGAACUCUUGAAUCGACCAGCUCCACUGAACCCACCCAACAUCGAAGCAGCACUCACGGACCUCCCAAUCGAUGUUGGCCCACCAACAAUUGAAGAAAUCAGCAUGGC